GGGCUCGAGCUCCAGCGCCGGCGCUUCAGCUCCGAUCGCGCACCCUUCCCCCGCCAAGGAUCCGAGCGACGGCUCUUCCUUGGUCCUUGGGUCCUAUAGCCAAAAACUGGGGCUCCCUAAACACUGCUCACCUAGCAGGGUGGACAGAAGAUCCCAGCAUCCAGAACUGCAGCGCUUGGCUCCAUCGUCCCGAGACUGGCACACCAGGCGGGUGCUCAGAGACUCUUCCCUUACUUCCUCCCAGCUCCGCGCUGGGUCCCCCGCCCUUCCCCAGUGGAACCCCGUGCAACCCAGGCGAGGCGGGGCCGGGACUGGGGACCCGGCCGGAGCUGGUUCUGUGUCGCGCGUCAGAAGCGCUAGAGGUCGUUGCGGGGCGUGGGUGGCUCGGGGAGUGGGUGGCUGAGCGAGACAGGGGACUGGGGCUAGAGGCGGAGCAAAAUGGGGUCAUGCCCGGGAAGACGAGUUUCCAAAGUAAGAAUGACCCGAGGGCCGAUUCUGCUGUACUGAGACCGAGAUGGGAGAAAACGCAGGCUGGGGAAAGACCGCAGAGGUUGGGGGUGGCAAGAGAGUGCAGAAACAGACGAGGAACACACUCACCCAAACAUAUAUGGACUGAGAAGGUGGGGGGGGAAGGUAAGGGUGGUCAGAUGGACAAAGACAGAUUGGGAAAGAACUUGGAGAGUGGGGGAAGGAUCCAGAAACAGAGGGGAGAAAUUUAAAGAUGAGUCAGGGAAACAGAGACAGAGGACAAACACUGUCCGGUGUGGUCCUGGACCGAGAUGGGAGAGACUGCAAAGAUUGGGGGUGGUGAGGGAAAGUGCAGAAACAGACAAGGGACACGCUCACAGAAACACACAGACUGGGAAAGUAGGGGUGGGGCUGGGGAGGUGAGGGCCAUCUCUAGGGAGCGCAGAGACAUAGGAGAGAGGGACACAGGGAAAGGGAGAGGUUUAGGGGUGACUCAGAGACAAGGCAAAAACAAAAAUAGCCAUGGGAGUAGAAACUGGAUGGAGCAGACAGAAGAAAAAAAGACUGUGCAGACAGCUGGCUCUUCCCACUGCAAGCUCUUGUCAUCUUCCUCCAGGCCUACCCUCUGAACAGGACCAAGCGCCUGAAAUUCUACUACCAAGCUGCCUUUCUGAACAUCCUUAAGAAGAACAGACAGAUGGCCAAGGAGAGGGGCCUAGUAAGCCCCAGUGAUUUUGCCCAGCUGCAAAAAUACAUGGAUUAUAUGCCCAUGACUGGGGAAAGGAGGAGAGGGAGAUGGAGAGAUGCCUGAGAUCCCUGCUCUCUACCCAUCUAUACCUAGACAGCUUGUUCCAGUUCAGAGUAAAGAGUGGUACCACUCUGGAGGAUCCGAAAGACUCCACCAAAAAGGUCAGUGAUGUCCUAAAGCUCUUCGAGGAUGGUGAGAUGGCUAAAUAUCUACAAGGAGAUGCUAUCGGUUACGAGGGAUUCCAGGAAUUCCUGAAAAUCUAUCUGGAACUGGAUAAUGUUCCCAGUCACCUAAGCCUGGCACUGUUUCAAUCCUUCCAGACUGGUCAGAGCUUAAAGGAGAUUGCGACAAAAGAUGUGGUGUGUCUCAGUGAUGUCUCAUGCUACUUUUCCCUUCUGGAGGGCGGCCGGGCAGAAGAUAAGCUGGAAUUCACCUUCAAGCUGUACGAUACGGACAGAAAUGGGAUCCUGGACAGUUCAGAAGUGGAAAAAAUCAUCCUACAGAUGAUGCGAGUGGCUGAAUACAUGGAUUGGGAUGUGUCUGAGCUGAGGCCGAUUCUUCAGGAAAUGAUGAAAGAGAUCGACUAUGAUGGCAGUGGCUCCGUCUCCCUUGCUGAGUGGGUCCGAGCUGGGGCCACCACUGUGCCACUGCUAGUGCUGCUGGGUCUGGAGAUGACUCUGAAGGAUAAUGGGCAGCACCUGUGGAGACCCAAGAGGUUCCCCAGACCAGUCUACUGCAACCUGUGCGAGUCCAGCAUUGGUCUUGGCAAACAGGGUCUGAGCUGUAACCUCUGUAGAUACACUGUUCACGACCAGUGUGCCAUGAAGGCCCAGCCUUGUGAAGUCAGCACCUAUGCCAAGUCUCGGAAAGACAUUGGUGUCCAAUCACAUGUGUGGGUGCGAGGAAGCUGUGAGUCUGGGCGCUGCGACCGCUGUCAGAAAAAAAUCCGGACCUUCCACAGUCUGACCGGGCUGCAUUGUGUAUGGUGCCACCUAGAGAUCCACGAUGACUGCCUGCAAGGUGUGGGCCAUGAGUGUGACUGCGGGCUGCUCCGGGAUCACAUCCUGCCCCCAUCUUCCAUCUAUCCCAGUGUCCUGGCCUCUGGACAGGACCGUAAAAGUAGCAGAACAAGCCAGAAGACUUUGGAUGACAUAAGUUUGAGCACCUCCGAGGCUCUGCGGAUUGACCCUGUUUCUAGCACCCACCCACUUCUAGUCUUUGUCAAUCCUAAGAGUGGCGGAAAGCAGGGACAGAGAGUGCUCUGGAAGUUCCAGUACAUACUAAACCCUCGACAGGUGUUUGACCUCCUAAAGGAUGGUCCUGAGGUGGGGCUUAAAUUCUUCAGGGAUGUUCCUGAUAGCCGGAUUUUGGUGUGUGGUGGAGAUGGCACAGUAGGCUGGAUUCUAGAGACAAUUGACAAAACCAACUUGCCUGUUGUGCCUCCUGUUGCAGUGUUGCCCUUGGGCACAGGAAAUGAUCUGGCUCGAUGCCUAAGAUGGGGAGGAGGGUAUGAUGGACAGAAUUUGGCGAAGAUCCUCAAGGAUUUGGAAGCAAGCAAAGUGGUAUAUAUGGAUCGAUGGUCCGUAGAGGUGAUACCACAACAAACUGAAGAAAAAAGUGACCCAGUCCCCUUUCACAUCAUCAAUAACUACUUCUCCAUUGGUGUGGAUGCCUCUAUUGCUCACCGAUUCCACAUCAUGCGAGAGAAAUAUCCAGCGAAGUUCAACAGCAGAAUGAAGAACAAGCUGUGGUAUUUUGAAUUUGCCACAUCAGAAUCCAUCUUCUCGACAUGCAAAAAGCUGGAAGAGUCUUUGACAGUUGAGAUCUGUGGGAAGCCGCUGGAUCUGAGCAACCUGUCCUUAGAAGGCAUUGCAGUGCUGAACAUCCCUAGCAUGCACGGUGGCUCCAACCUCUGGGGUGAUACCAGGAAAGUUCAUGGGGACCUCUCUGGGAUCAACCAGGCCUUAGGUGCUGCAGCUAAAGUCAUCACUGACCCUGAUAUCCUGAAAACCUGUGUACCAGACCUCAGUGACAAGCGACUGGAAGUAGUAGGGCUGGAGGGUGCAAUUGAGAUGGGUCAGAUCUAUACCAAGCUCAAGAGUGCUGGACAUCGGCUGGCCAAGUGCUCUGAGAUCACCUUCCACACCACAAAAACCCUCCCCAUGCAAAUUGAUGGAGAACCCUGGAUGCAGACACCCUGUACAAUCAAGAUCACCCACAAGAACCAGAUGCCCAUGCUCAUGGGCCCACCCCCCCGUGCCUCCAAUUUCUUUGGCUUCUUGGGCUGAGGGGGACACCCUCUACCUCCAAGCCAGCCUUGAACCCACCUCCCUGUCCCUGGCCUGUGCUCCCUAGGCUCUGUACAUUGCUGCCGCAUACUUUUGCCAGCUCAGGGGAGUGCUCCUUCACCCUCCCAGUAUUUAUUAUCCUGCACCACCUCACUAGUCCCUGUGCAUACAUGCAACACACACAUACACACACACCCCACAGAUCCAUAGAUUAAAAGUGCCUCAUCUGAAUAAAAUAACUUUGUUUUCCACUGGGAU